AUAACUGAAUGAAAGGUCAACACUUCUUUUCAAAAUCGUGUACUAUAUAUCCUAUAUAUCUCUAAAGGAUUAUUUCGCUACAAAAACUCUAGAUUUUGUGAUGCAUACGUUGAAAUAAACAUUUUGAAAACACCCGAAUUUGAAUAUUUUCUGAACAAUUUUUUUAUUAUAGAAAAGAAAACACACAUAAGCAAAUAAGGAUGACAUAUUAAGCCAAGAAAAUAAAAAAAAAUAUAUCAUAUGGUAUCAUAGCCCUACCUUGAUAUCAUAGUACCAUGGUUACUUGUUAUUUUUUGAAAACAAUAAAUUUGUUUAUCCAAAUAAGAAUUUGUGACAGGAAGAACUGCUUGGAAAAUCCUAAUUGAACGGUCGCAAAAAUGUCUUUGAGUCUGGAAGAAAUUUGCAUCAAAUUGCAAUCCAACGAGAGAAGGGUGAAAUUGGGAGCUCUGGAAGAUUUGCAAAUGAAAUGCCGAAAUCGCCAGGAAUUCAGUGAUGACAAUAUCAUGGAAAUUUAUGAUGAGUGUUAUCUGCACUUGCUGAAAUGUUACAGCGACAAAUACGAAAGUGUCCGGGACCAAUCAGUGGAAACUGUUAACGAGUUUAUGGAACGAUUACCGCCAAAUGACUUCCACUUGCUUAACAUUGUAUCGAGUUUGGCCGAACGUUUGGGGCAACAGGAAACGGUGGAAGAAAGUGAAGAAAUUCGCCUGAGUUUUGUAAAACAAUUGAACAAACAGGUCGAGCGAUAUAUUCAGACGGGCAACAAAUGUUCCAUUCAAGGUUGUGUGGAUGAUAUCGUUAGAAUUUUAAUAAAAGUUCUCAAAGAUCCCUAUCCCGCUGUUCAGAGGGAGGCAUGCCGAUGUGUGACACUGCUUGCGUCUUCGAUUGAUAGUCAUUAUUUUCGAAAUCACUCUGAGUCACUAGCAAAAGCACUUUAUGGAAUGUUAAAUCACAAACAUUCUCAGGCUCGUAUAGCUGCCGUGAAUGCUUUGGGCUAUGUAGCUUUGCACAUUGAUGCUGGCGAAGCCUUGUCGCGAUUGUUAAUGGAAGUUUCUCCAUUGCUUAUGGACUCAAUGCCCUUAGUUCGGCGCGAAUGUGGUGAACUGGGAAUCAGGCUUUUGCUAGAGCUGCGGGAUCGGUACUCAUAUUUCGAGAGGCUAAUACCUUUGGUGCUCUGCUGCCUUAAAGACGAAUCGCCUGAAGUACGUGAAUACAUAUUGCCUCUAUGGGUAAAGUGUGGAAAACAGUACUACGAUGAAAAUGAAGCAGAAUUAAGUAAGCAAGAAAUCGCCGAUUUACCCCCAGCCAACUAUCCGGUGGAUAUAAAACGUCCGACUAUUGGUUGCCGUGCUAUUGUUCAAAGGUCCUUGCGUCUGCUAAAUUUGAUAACUCGAGAAUCAUCUGAUUGGAAAGAAAAUGUUCGCCUACAUUCGCUUAAAUUAUUAUAUCAAUUUGUAUUGCAUGCCGAAGCUGCAAUGACUGCGAAAUUUUUUGAAAUUUAUCCAGAUGUAGCAAGAGCGUGCCGCGAUAAUGAACAUAUUGUGGCGCAGGAAGCCUGCAAUCUUGCCGACUUGAUGGGUCGUCUGUUGAACUAUGAUGACUGGUGUGAACAUGGAUUUGAUGGCUUAGUAAAAAAUGCCAAAGAGGGUUAUUUAAAAUGUUUUUACUACAUGUACAAAUCCGCUUUGAAAAUUAAAUUUGACGACCAUGUCCGAUUAAUGGAUUUACUGGUUAAGCCAGAUUUUUCCCAAACACUGAAGAGCGGAUUUCAAAUGUAUAUUUUGUUGAUGAAUGAAACAGUUUUAGAUAAGACCGAAAAUGAAGCAAUUUAUUCUGCUGAUUGUUCCUCGGAUUUAUGUGAGAAGUUGGACAGUUUGCACAGGAACUGUUAUACAUCCACAAUAAAGGUAAUGGCACUAUCAUUGGAAUCAGAACAAAGUAAUGGCGAGGAGCUGCAAACUAAAGGCAAUACUAUUUUGGAAGCUAUUGCCAAACGAUAUAACUUCACAGUGGAUGAUUUACAUGAAAAAUAUUUCGCAAAUGCCUUGAAGUAUGUUGACAGUAUAGAUGCUCAUUUGGAUGCCUUGAGUGAGCCCAUCUUGCUGCUAUAUGGUCUAAUUAAAUUGGGUCAAUUUCGUGAGCCAUACAUUCACAUAAUAACAGAAAAAAUGAAAACAGUUUUCGAACAUUGUGCUGAUGAAUCAAAGGUUAAAGUAUUUACUGCCGUUUCCAUAGCAAUGCUAGACUGGCAUAAGACGCUCCGAAAACCAUUGAAUCGUAGUUCUGAACUAUUGCAGGAGUUUGUUAAAGAAGUUAUUGAAGCGCAUUUGAUAUGGAAGGCGGGAGCUAAUGCAGAGGCAAUGCGGUCUUUGGCUACCGCUACUCUUUGUGCCAUAUCACAGGGGGCAGCUGAAGAAGCACGUUUGGUUCUGCCUGGCUUAGCAAAAUAUAUGCCCAGUCUGUUAGAGGAUCAGUCAGUGUCAACGCGUCACUAUGCCAUCAAAUGUCUGUGUAAUUUCGGUUCGAUACCAUUGGAGGAUAUGAAACCUAUAGCAUAUGGAUGUUUGCAACGCUUAGAUGAUGCCUCUGCUGGUAUAAGAAUAUUAGCUGUUUCUGUUAUUCCAAAAUUGGAGCCUGUAGUGGAGGCGAAGGACGAAAUAACUGAAAGUACAAAUGCUUCUAGAACUGCUAUUAAUCACGAUGUGUGGUUAACAUUUGUGAAGCAGAGUAUGGAUAUGUUGUUUCUACACUAUGAUAAUCCAGAAAAACGUUUACAGGCCACAAUAAAAGAAACCAUUUUGGAGAUGUCGAAGCGCUAUCCGGAAAUAGCCAAGGACAGUUAUGAGCGAACAAUGAAUUUAACUUACAACAACUUUAAUUUAAAAGCGCUUGAGAAGGAACUACCCUUCAUUGAAUGAAUUGCAAAUUAUUACACAUAUCGUCAAAUGUAUUUUAAUUCUUGAAUACUCUUAGCAUUUAUUUUUAAUAAAACACACAAUUUUAACAAUAAA